ACAGGGAUGCCAAAGGAAAAAUAUGAUCCGCCAGAUCCUCGCAGAAUUUACACCAUCAUGUCAGCAGAGGAGGUAGCCAAUGGGAAGAAGUCUCACUGGGCAGAAUUAGAAAUCUCGGGUAGAGUGCGGUACUUAAGUACGUCACUUUGGUCACUGACUCACUUGACUGCUCUACACCUCAAUGACAAUAAUCUUGUUCGCAUUCCACCUGAUAUUGCCAAGCUCCAUAAUCUGGUUUACCUGGAUCUAUCAUCCAACAAACUCCGAAGUUUACCAGCAGAACUAGGAAACAUGGUAUCUCUCAGGGAAUUGCUUUUAAAUAACAAUCUGUUACGGGUUUUGCCUUAUGAACUUGGACGGCUCUUCCAGCUACAAACCCUAGGUUUGAAAGGCAAUCCUUUAUCACAGGAUAUUCUCAGCCUGUACCAGGACCCAGAUGGAACACGAAAGCUACUGAACUACAUGCUUGACAAUCUAGCAGUUCAUCCAGAGCAGCUGCCUUCAAGGCCGUGGAUUACUUUAAAAGAACGAGACCAAAUUCUGCCCUCAGCUUCAUUCACAGUUAUGUGUUACAAUGUGUUAUGUGAUAAAUAUGCCACCCGGCAGCUAUAUGGCUACUGCCCGUCCUGGGCAUUAAAUUGGGAGUAUAGAAAAAAGGGAAUCAUGGAAGAAAUCGUGAACUGGGAUGCAGAUAUCAUUAGUCUUCAGGAAGUGGAAACAGAGCAAUACUUCACCCUCUUUCUGCCAGCAUUAAAAGAGCGUGGGUAUGAUGGAUUUUUUUCUCCAAAGUCACGUGCCAAAAUCAUGUCUGAGCAGGAGAGAAAGCAUGUGGAUGGCUGUGCAAUAUUCUUCAAAACUGAAAAAUUUACAUUGGUGCAGAAGCACACAGUGGAGUUUAACCAGGUGGCAAUGGCUAACUCUGAAGGAUCAGAAGCUAUGUUAAACAGAGUGAUGACAAAGGACAACAUUGGAGUUGCUGUGGUGUUAGAGGUGCACAAAGAAUUAUUUGGAGCAGGUAUGAAGCCGCUUCAUGCUGUGGACAAACAGCUGCUUAUUGUGGCAAAUGCCCACAUGCAUUGGGACCCUGAAUACUCAGAUGUAAAACUCAUUCAGACUAUGAUGUUUGUCUCAGAACUGAAAAAUGUCCUUGAGAAAGCCUCCAUCAGGCCUGGCAGUCCAACAGCAGAUCCUAAUUCUAUCCCUCUGGUGCUGUGCGCGGAUCUUAACUCACUGCCCGAUUCAGGUGUUGUGGAGUACUUAAGCAAUGGCAUAGUAGCUGACAACCAUAAGGACUUCAAAGAGCUGCGUUACAAUGAGUGUCUCAUGAACUUCAGCGGCAGUGGAAAAAAUGGGGCUUCUGAAGGAAGAAUCACGCAUGGCUUCCAGCUCAAGAGCGCCUAUGAAAACAACUUGAUGCCUUACACCAAUUACACCUUUGAUUUCAAAGGUGUGAUUGACUACAUUUUCUAUUCCAACACUCAUAUGAACGUGCUUGGUGUCCUGGGGCCUUUAGAUCCUCAGUGGCUGGUUGAGAACAACAUCACUGGGUGUCCACACCCUCACAUCCCUUCAGACCACUUCUCACUGUUAACACAGCUCGAACUCCAUCCUCCGCUCCUGCCUCUUGUCAACGGUGUACACUUACCUAACAGGAGGUAGUGGAGCCCUGCCCCUUUGAGGGCUGGGACCUGUUGUUAUGGACCUGUACAGUUGUAAAUCAAAGUAUGUAGGAGUGAAGUAUGGCCAACCUUAAGCUGCUUCUUCAAGCUCCUUUCAUUGUGUGUUUUGAUAUGAAAUUUUGCACAUUUUGGUGCAUGUUGGUAUCAUUUGGCACUAGGGCUGGAACCAAAGUAUUAUUCCCUUUCCAGGAUUUUAAUUUAAUUUUUAAACUGGUAAGCUUAUUGUUUCAUUAGGAAGCUGUGUUUAUAAAAUGGGCAAAUCCGAUUCACAACUUGCAUCGUAAUCUAUUUAAAAUUAAUGCUUUCUUCCAAAUCACAGCACAACAAACCCUCCUUUUUUUAAAAAGAAAAAAUAAACUGAUAAAUACAACACUUCAAUCUGUUUCAGUUGUAAGGGAGAAUAAUUAGAAAUACUAUUUUACUGAACUCAAAAUGGAGAUCUGGGUUCUGCAUCCAAAAUUAAUUUUGCACAUUAGCAAAGCACUUAAUAUUUAACUGUAAAUUAUUAACAGUAUAACCCUCCCCCCACAUCUAGCUAAUACUGGAAAACCAAAAAUGGUUGCAUAUACAUAUUGAAGGGCUAAAUCAUCUCCUGGCGCAACUCCAUUGACUGCAAUGGAAUUAUGCCAUCAGAGAAUUUGGACCUGAGCAUUUAAUGCCACAUAGAACUCUUGGUUGGCAGACAACAUGGUGGUAACUUUCUUGGAGCUCUUUUUUUGGUUAAGAAAUUCAAACGGAUGGCCUGUUUUGAGAGGUCUAACAGAGAAAUCUCCCUACUUUGACAAACCAUGAUGGGAAACUUCUGCAAUGUAGGUUGGGAACAGGAUUUAGAAGCAUAAAAUUAAGAAAUUGCACUCAAAAAAUCAGCUGCAAGUUUUCUUAUUGGUGAGUUCUGGAAGAGCAAAUACGUUCCAACUCAAUAUAUAGGUUCCCGUUUCUAAUGUUCAAUUGCAAAAAUGAUAAACUUUGGAUUGGAGGUACUGGUUAAGCUAAGGUACAGGAAAAAAAACCCUCUGGAAAUGAUCUUACUUCUAUCUCCAAAGUGAAGGUUAAAUAGCUGUCUAGGUGCUUUUUUGUGUGUGGGGGGAGAGUGGUAGCCAUAAUCAUUCCUUGGAUUAUUUUUUCCUGACCCUAGUUGCCAAAUAGCCAUCGUAUGCUUUUAAUACUUUGUUUUUGUUUUCAGUCCAGGUUGAAUUAAAAAGCUGCUGGUUCAUUCCCAACUGUUAACGCUCUUUAGCUGUGUUGGAAAUCUUUCUUUUUACGCUCUAAGGGGCCAGUUCAAAACGUUGUGCCUCAAGAGGCAGUAAACAUAAUGCAAUUUUCUGAAAGAAAUUGGUUGGCUGCUUAAUGUUUAAAAAAUAUAUAUAUGGCACCGUAAUAGGAAAAGGUUGUGUCUGUGUUUUUAAGUUUUUCUUUAUUCUGCUUUUUUGCUGCUAUAAGAUUUUCUUGAAUUUAUAUUUUAAACUUUUCAUGCACUUUACUGUUUCUAGUCUCAAAAUGUGAUAUUUUUAAUAAAAAAGAAUUUUUCCAUUUAUGUGAAUGAAAUUUUUAAACAGAUAAAUAGCCUAUAUUUAUGUCUCAUUCAUAGAUUUAAAAAGGGUCACCUUUAAAUUGUUUAAUUAGUUUUAAAUACUAAGGAGCAAUCUUCUGCCUUGCAAAACUAAUACUUUAGCCUGUUCCAUCAUUCUUUAAUUAUACAUUUCCUUCCUCAUUGUUUUCAUAGAAAAUCAGGCUCUAGUAGAAAAUGUUCCCUGUAUUUGUUUGGGGGUGGGAUGGGAUGCAGCAGUUGGUUCAAUGAAACCGCAACUCCCUUUCCAAAGUGCCUUGGAAUGGAGGCAUCACCCGUCAUCCAAUAUAAAAUUGGAAGUUAUUGUAGUUGAGUGAAAUUUAAUAUAAAUAAAAAAUGUUGUGCAGCACAAGAAAACCCAACCAACCAAUAAACAAAAAACAAAAACCGUUUUAAAGAUUUUCCUCUAGGUGCAGGUAUCUCUUUUUAUAUACCUCAAGUGUUCAAGGCCUAGGCAUGCAUAUAAAUUGAAAAAAUAAGUAGCAUAUAGUACUGGAAAGUAGAAUAGCAUGAAAAACUUAAUUUUGUGGACAUUACCUUUUUGUAAUCAGCUACUGUAUUCUUUUUGUUGUUGUUGUUUUUCUUUUGGAGGGGUGGGUUCUCUGCUCUGGAGAUAUGCACUAACAAACCAUUUUCCUCCUUUCAUACACGCAUGUUAACUAGCAAUGUGAGCAAUAUUUCCUACCAUACUUCACUCCCAAUAUUUUUGAGAUGUUUGUAUAAAAUGGAAUUUAAAGUUCACCUAUGAUUGUAUAUGAACUGCAGAGGAGCCUGUUUAUAAAUAAAUUUAAAAAAAAAACACAAUCUUUUGUAGUGUUGGGGGAAAAUAAAAAAAUUGGGCAACAGAAACAGCUUAAGUUUUAUUUUCUUCUGAUUCAUAAUUAAUUUGAGGCACUCUGUUGCAGGAAGGUGUUUAAUUGGGUUUUCUCUGCUUCAAAAUGCAUUCUUCAGAAUGUCCAUUAGCCUGUUAUUUAAAAAAAAAAUGUAAUUGACAUUGCACAAAAACUUUUAUGUUGAAAUGGGUAUUGUUUGUUUUAGUUGGCCCACAUACCUGAGCAUGUUUAUCCACAUUUCAUGUGUGUGGUUCUCUCCUUCCCCCCCACUCUCUCGCUGUAUUGCCUUUUUUUUAACAGAAGGGGCAGUAUCUGUAUUGAGCUUCCAUUUCCGGUGAUCAGAAAUGCUGCUGUCCUUAGUGUUUUUGUUUAAAAUACAGAAAAUCUGGAACUCUGUCAAUAAUAAACUUAAGA